AUGUCAUCCAACAUCAAACGAGAAUCAGACAUGGAGGCUAGCGGCCUGAAGAGAAGUCACGAUGAUUUCUCCGGUGACGAGGUCACCAUUGAGGAUCGUGGCUUGCAGAACGGCGUCAAACAUCAGGCCACCGAGGCCGUUGUUCAACCCAGCAAAGCUGGGUCUCCCGCCCGCCAGAUGCCUACCCGCGAUAUAUCGCCAGCCCCCAGUAGCCCGAGCUCACUGACCGAUGCCGGCACCCUCACACCAGAGCGCGGCUCGCCCUCACCCGACCUCACACCUAGCAAGAGCACGACUCCCCUCAAGCAGACCACAACAAGUGCCAAUCCCGCUUCAUCAUCAAAGACACCUGCCUCAACAACCCAACCCACCAAACGGAAGCGCCGGACCGCAGCCGAAAAGGAGGCCGAAGAGAAGGAAAAGGCACAGAAGAAGAAGGAGCGUGAAGAAAAGAAAGAAGCCAAACAGGCCGAAAAGGCAAAAGCCGACGCUGAAAGACAAGUCAAACAGGCCGAAAAGGCAAAAGCCGACGCCGAAAAACAAGCCAAACAAGAUGAGAAGCGCCGUAAGAAGGAGGAGGAAGAACGCAAAGUGCAACAGGAAAAGGAGAAGAAGGAGCGCGCCCAGCCGAAGCUCAUGUCCUUUUUCAAGGCACCCGCCACGCCCAAGAAGGAUACAUUGGUGCCUAUCAUCAAGUCAGGGAGCCCUUCCAAAUCCGCACUUACGCCAGACGCCAAAUCUCCCGCAGUCAAGAAGGAGGAGCUAUCAGAAUAUGAGAAGCGGUUCAAGCCGUUCUUUGUGCAAAGCAGUGUUCGCCUGGCCAAGAGCCCCUUCGAGAUGGACGACGAGGCACACGAUGCCAAGACGAGGAUAUUGGGAGAGUACUUUGAUGGAAAGAGAAAGUCAACCCAAGCGGGCGGCUUUGAUGCUAUCGAGGUUUUCCAGCUUCCUGGUCGUCCUGCUCCGCGAGGCAGAAUCUACCCGCCAGUGCGGUUCAGCAUUGAAAAGAUGCGAAAGCUCACACAAGAAGCAAGCAGCGAAGAGGACAAGAAGGCGAUUGUAAAGGAUAUUGCAGAUGCGCUGAGGAAGGUCCCUACAAAGUCGCUCAAGUUCUAUCAGGAUGUGCGGCCUCCUUACAGGGGUACCGUCACCCUCAGACCCUAUCAAGCAGGCAAAUCUGGCAUGCGACGCCUCGCCCGAAACCCCAUCCGCCGCGACCAACUCCCCGUAAACUAUGACCACGACUCGGAAGCCGAGUGGGAAAGUGAAGGCGAGGACGUCGAUAUCGACGAUGAUGACGAUGAGGAUCUCGAUGCCGACGGCGAAGACAUGGACGAGUUCCUCGACGACUCGGAGGACAACGGCCCUGCUCGGUUCGUGAGUGCCAACGGCCUCGAACCGGAGAGCACCGGCCUCUGCUGGGAGGAUCGCACACGCAAGGGUCCUAACCGCACCGUGUACGAGCACAGGAUGGAAUUCAUUCUGGAGAGCCUCGAACACCACCACAGUAUCGAUCCCUUCUCGACGGAAUACUGGGAACCCGAACCGAAGCCCAAGCCUGUCGGUCGUCCACUUAAAGACAAGACUGCCAAGGCUCAAGCGGCAAAGGACAAGCCUGCUGCAGACUCGAAGCCGGCCGAUGCCUUCAAAGCAAUCACCUGCGGCAGCACAAAGAACAGCGUACAGUCGCUGCCGAAGAAAAUCUUGGAGAACAACAAUCUCCAGGAGCUCAAGAAGGUUAUCGAGGCGAAUCCCAAGAUCGCCAAGGGUGGCCUGGUCGACCUUUCGUACGUUGCACUUGCUCACGCCAAGAUUUCCCGCAACGACCUGAAGGAAGCCAUCGCCAUGAUUGCCGAAAAGGUCGGCGGUAAAGGGCUUGCCGGCUCCUGGGCUAUCAAGUCAGGUUUCGACGUUUGA